AUAUUGCUAGCACUUGUCGACGUAUCCCACUACUCUCUACAAUCCCCACCACGUGCUGUCAGCAUGACAAUUUCGUCUGCAAUCUGGCAGCUCUUUUUUAGAAACAGUUCUGGACAGCGAUCGUUCGUCAAUUUGCUCACGUGCUGGAUACAGGUCGUCCGCAGUAUAGUCCCGCGAAAUUCCUGGUGUGAUUUCUCAGCUCCGUGAUCACGGCAUCUUCAUAUCAUUAAACGACAACGACGAUGGAAAACAGUGGCACGCUCGUCAUUUGAUCAUCAAAGAAUCCAAUGUCGCGCGUUGUCGCGAACGUGGCAGCAACGUUCGGGCUAGAGACCCGUCGAGGCUUUUUCUCCCUCUCUCUUCCUCUCUGACUAUUUCUCAGUGGCCUCAGUCUCUCUUUCGGUUGCUUUCGGUUCCUUUCAUGGCAAAUGGUUCUUCGUGAUCGCAGACCAUCGGCGGACUCACAAAUCCUCUUUGUGCGUUGUCGCUCACAACAACACGGUGCUUGUACACGCGAUGGACGACGAUAAACACCUGCACGCGACGCGACCUCGUUAAAGACUUUGUGACUUUAAUGUGACGGUAAUAAUUCGCGAGUACAACGGAGAUCUCCAAAGAAUUCACCGCGAUCCCCGCGCGUCCAUUGACGUGCUGGAAAAUUGCCUCCUCGACAAAAAUCGUGUUGAACGCAAAUAUAACGCAAGUUUGACGACGAAGGUGGACAAGCAGGCAACGUAACGUUAAUCAAAUGAGGCUUACAGCGCGCGAGAGCGCUUAAACCGAACGCAGUUUAGCUCCAAUAUAAAUACUCUAGUCAGAGCGAUAUACUCUGACAGGAUGCUCGCCAGAGUCAGAGUCUUACCAAGAGUACGGAGAUUCUUCGAGCGUCCCUCCUCGCGUGCGCGAUCGAUAUUGCCCUUGAACUAAUGUGUCGCGCCUUAUUAUAAACGCGCGCGUGUGCUAAUUAGCGAAUCGGAGUUGCAGCACACGCGCCGCGCGUAUCACACGUACACGCACGCGGACUUGUCCUUCGCGCGUAUAUAUUUAUAUCGGGGCAUGCAAUAUCGAACUCAAAAGUAGACGCCUCCGACAGCUUGCGGAGGCGCGUCCGCAUUUAGGCGCGCGGCCUCGUGACCUGCAAUUUUCCCGCCGAAGCUGAGGCUUGAACAGUGCGAAAACAUCAUUCUUGCAAGUGAAGGAACGUUGAUUGGAUCAACUCAGCACGACUUCCUUGGAAGCUUCUUGCAGUAGAUGCUACGUUCAUAGGAACGAUCCGAUAGUUUACUUUGCUCGAGAAAAAGAGUAAAAAAAACGUUAGUGCAGAAGACUAGAAGCGCGCUAAUUGAAACAAUGGAUUCGGAAGAGGAAACGCUUUAUGAUGAUGUUGACUCUGGCAAUGAGUCCAGCGGCGAUGACGUUGAUUUUGCUAUGGAAAUAGAGUCUGGUAAUCCACGGGAGCGAGCUACCGAUGUCGACGAGUAUCCCUUUGAAGUACUUUCCACAGAAGAAAUUGUACAGCACAUGGUUGACUCCAUAAAGGAAGUCAACACUGUUGUCGAAAUACCAGCUACUACCACACGUAUUUUAUUAAAUCACUUUAAAUGGGAUAAAGAAAAAUUGAUGGAACGGUUUUACGACGGUGAUCAAGAAAAGUUGUUUGCCGAGGCACGCGUCAUUAAUCCGUUUAGAAAGGGCCCUUUAAUAAGCAGGAGCCGGUCCUCCCAAAGUUCGUUAGUAAAUCCUAAAAGACCGACAAACGGAACGGAAGAAUGUGGCAUCUGUUUCAUGAUCUUGCCAUCUUCAAUGAUGACUGGUCUGGAAUGUGGACAUCGUUUUUGUACCGGUUGCUGGGGUGAAUACUUGACAACUAAGAUCAUGGAAGAAGGAGUUGGACAAACAAUAGCAUGUGCUGCUCACGCGUGUGACAUUUUAGUCGACGAUGCCAGUGUUAUGCGACUUGUCAAAGAUUCCAAAGUUAAAUUAAAAUAUCAACAUUUAAUCACCAAUAGCUUUGUUGAAUGCAAUAGGUUACUGAGAUGGUGUCCUUCUCCUGAUUGCAAUAAUGCCAUUAAGGUGCAGUAUGUAGAAGCGAGACCAGUUACUUGCAAAUGUGGACAUAUCUUCUGUUUCCAUUGUGGCGAAAACUGGCACGAUCCUGUAAAGUGUCAUUUACUCCGCAAAUGGAUCAAAAAGUGCGAUGAUGAUUCUGAAACAUCAAACUGGAUCGCUGCCAACACAAAGGAGUGUCCCAAGUGUAAUGUUACUAUCGAAAAAGAUGGCGGAUGUAAUCAUAUGGUUUGCAAAAAUCAGAGUUGUAAAACUGAAUUUUGUUGGGUAUGUCUUGGACCUUGGGAACCGCAUGGUUCUAGCUGGUAUAAUUGCAAUCGUUACGAUGAAGAGGAAGCUAAAGUAGCCAGGGAUGCGCAAGAAAAAUCCAGAUCAGCUUUACAGAGAUAUUUAUUUUAUUGCAAUAGAUAUAUGAAUCAUAUGCAAUCACUAAAGUUUGAAAGUAAAUUGUACGCUAGUGUAAAAGAGAAGAUGGAAGAAAUGCAGCAACAUAACAUGUCGUGGAUUGAGGUACAAUUUUUAAAAAAGGCAGUUGAUAUUUUGUGUUCCUGUAGACAGACUCUCAUGUACACUUAUGUUUUCGCAUAUUAUGUGAAAAAGAACAAUCAAUCUGUGAUUUUUGAGGAUAACCAAAAGGAUCUGGAGAGUGCCACAGAGUGCCUCUCUGAAUAUCUUGAAAGGGAUAUCACGAGCGAAAAUCUUGCAGACAUUAAACAAAAGGUUCAGGAUAAAUAUAGAUACUGCGAUAGCCGAAGAAAAGUGCUUUUAGAACAUGUCCAUGAAGGGUAUGAAAAAGAAUGGUGGGAUUAUAAGGAAUAGAGGAUUCUUGCUAGUUUCAUUUUUUGGGGUGAUACGAGUCCUCUUCCUUCCCACCUCUGCCCCAACUGUGAUAAACCAAGAAAGAGUUAACAAGAGACAAAAAUGGAGCAUGUCACAAAGUGAUGAACGUGUUGUAUGCACUUUAUACAUAAUAUGCUCUGUGGCACAACACCUAUAAUGUCGUUUAUGAUUAAUAUUGAACUCAAAUUAUUAAAAUUCAAUCCGAUCACAAACAAGUUGAUUGGACAAUAUUUUGAUUUGCGCUUGCUGUGUAUUGUACAUCAUUGUAGAUUCUUGAUUCUUGAUAAAAAUGUCCCAUUGUUUUAGGAAAUCUUAAAAAAAGUUAUAUUCAUUAAGACGAACGUGUGUCAUUAUUCGCAAUAUACUUACAUAUUGCGAUGUAAAUGUGACUUCGCUAAAAAUUUAUUAUUUUAUUUAGCAUAUUUUAUUGAUGUUAGGCGAAUUGAAAGGUUUUAAAUCCUGAAAACUUAGUUUCUUCUUCCCUUAAUAUUUUAAGGAUAACUGUUUAAAAUAAGUUAGGUACAAUUCAAAUAAAUUAUCCCAACUGUUUUAUUCUAUUUUGGACCACAAUACGUCCAGGCUACAACUGCCAAUGUUUAAAAACACUAAAUUAUCUAUAUGCAUAUCGUCAGUUCUAUGUAUUCAUGUUUGAUAGCUCUUCUCAUUCUUGCUUGUGUACUGUUUUCGUGAAAGAUGCUUAAAUACAGAAUAUGUUCCAUUAUUGUAAAGAUGUAAUUCUGCCUUUUUUCUGUUAUAUAUUUUAUUUUUUUUACAAAUAAAUUAUUUACAAUAUCAAUUAAUUAUAUUCAUAUUGACAUUGUGCAGAUUAAAGGGGGCCAAGUUUGUGAUAUCUUUCACAUGUACCAUAUUCCAUCUCUGCAUGUAAAAGUAGAACAUUACAAUUAUCGACUUACA